CAUGUUUGUAUAGCUUCGCGACGAGUAGCAGACCGAAUCUUCUUCUAUGACAUUUUUGAUAGUUUGCCGGAAUGCGAUAUGUCAGAGCUGAGUUAUCAAGCCAUUCGGACCGCAAAUCAGGCUAGAGAAGCUUCUCUGGGCAGGAAGCUGUACUGGUUACUUGGACCUUGACAAGGAUUUAUUUCGGAUCACAUCUGAAGGAUGAAGUAAAGACUGAUGCAAGGAAGAAGAAUCUGCUCAUUCUUGUACUACAUUACUUAUUUGAAGAAGGAUAUUUAGAGUCUGCUCAGUCACUAGGGAAGGAGACGAACAUUGAUCUGAGCCGAUAUGAAGUGUGUGACAACAUUGAUCUGGAGACUAUACUCAUGGAGUAUGAGUCCUAUUACUUUGUCAAGUUUGCCAGAUAUCCCAAGGUGACAAAAAAACUCACCCAAAGUGGCUACCCAGCUGGAGAAAGGAGAGGAAAGCUUGCUCGUGCAAACAGUGUGAAAUCCACAACCCCGUCUCUACCAAAGAUCCCUCAAGGACAGCGUCAGCCCAGCCCUCCCCAAGCUUCAGGUUCCAACCGUCCUCAGUCAGCCAAGACCAGGAGGACUGUGUCCGGUACACGGAAACCACCAUCAGCAUCAGCAGCAGCACAUAAUGGCCAUGUACACUCAAAUGGGGCACUGGCUAAUGGAGACACUACAGGGUUGGCAUUACAAGGACUGACUGUGACGGGCAUGAAUUCCCAUGACAACACACCAGUAGAGAGUCCACACAAGGCAUUCCAGAGAGGGAAGGGAGGACAUAUCAUUGAUAUACGGUCUAUGAUAAAUGAUGCUACAAAGCUGAAUGUUGAAGAGGGGAUAGAUUCCAAUGACCGGGUGAUGAAGCCUCUGGGAGGCUAUGUCGGCUACAGCAGUGAGAUGAGAGAACUAGCACAGGUUAUAAGCAGGGACAUAUACCUGCAGAAUCCCAAUGUUACGUGGGAUGACAUUAUAGGUUUAGAUGAGGCAAAGCGACUUGUUAAAGAAGCUGUUGUUUAUCCCAUCAGGUAUCCCCAGUUGUUUCGAGGAAUUCUGUCUCCAUGGAAGGGACUUCUGUUGUAUGGGCCUCCAGGGACAGGCAAGACUCUGCUGGCCAAGGCUGUAGCUACAGAAUGCAACACAACCUUCUUCAACAUAUCUGCCUCCAGCAUAGUCAGCAAGUGGAGAGGAGACUCGGAAAAGUUAGUCAGGGUGUUGUUUGAGCUGGCCAGGUUCCAUGCACCAUCAACAAUAUUCCUGGAUGAACUGGAGUCACUCAUGAGUCAGCGGGGAUCACAGGGUGGGGGGAGUGAGCAUGAGGGCAGCAGAAGGAUGAAGACAGAGCUACUGGUGCAGAUGGAUGGACUGGCCAAGACAGAUGACCUCGUCUUUCUCCUUGCUGCAUCCAACUUACCAUGGGAGUUAGAUCACGCCAUGUUGCGGAGGUUGGAGAAGCGGAUCAUAGUGAACCUGCCCACAACAGAAGCCAGGAGAGCCAUGUUCAAGCAUCAUCUCCCGCCUAUAGUUGUACCCAAAGAUAGUUCAGGAGUGGAGAUAAUGUCGGAUCUUGACUACGAACAAUUAGCUAAUAUGACGGAAGGCUAUUCAGGGUCUGACAUCAAGCUGCUGUGUAAAGAGGCAGCCAUGAGGCCCGUCAGAAAGAUAUUUGAUGCUCUAGACAACCACACUGAAGGCCAGGAGCUACAUGUCCAUAUUGACAAGAUCCUGACCAGGGAUGUCCUGACUGCACUAGAACGCACUAAACCCUCAGCUAAACAUCUCAAGGGGAAGUUUGUGUCAUGGCAGAAGGAAUUUGAGUCUGUAUGAUGAAGUGGAUCCCACUACUUGCUGAGACUACUCCCACUGGACUCGCCCGCUGUGAUAUGACAUUGAUGACAAAACACAUGUACAACAUAUUUUGCUGAAACAGGGACAUUUGUGAGUUGUGUAGUCGAGAUGGCUAGUCAUACAUGAAGUGCUGCAUCUGUGAUGUCCAUCAGGUGGAUGUGGAACAAUGACAUUUGUGCCAAAGCAAUGGUCAGAUAUUAACAUCUAACGAUAACUGCUGCCUGGUGUCGCACUGAUUCCACUGAACAGACUAUGUGGCAAUAGUGCAUGAUUGAGAAUCCUAAGAACAAGAGGCUGUUGCAUCAUAUUCCAGUCUGUCAAGGAAUACAAAGUUUGUACAGACCAUUAGUGAAAUCCUUUUAAAGUCAAUGGUACCUGUCCCAGCAAUAUUGUUUAGAUAAACGAAUAUUCGGAUGAAUGAAUCAGGGGUUGGGAAUUUUAAAAUGUGUUUGACCUUCCCAAGAGUAGGGCAGGAUUUCCAGACUAGCACGGUCCAGAUUAAAAGGGUUUCACUGCAGUUUCCUAAUUUUUAUCUUCUAAAAGAACAAUUCCUUCCUUGACAUAAAAAAAUCCGUCCUGAACAUGUCCGUCCUUAUACAAGAAACGUGUGUUGAAUUUACUGUUGUUUUACUCCUGAAGAAAUAUGUGCAGACCUUCCAAUAUAUAGCAUAAUGUUAUACAGGUCCCUGAGGGCGCCAUGUGAACUAAUGAAUUGUAAAUUUUAGCAUGUGGAACGUUUGUAUAUUUCAUGUGUUUGUUUGAAUCACUUUGGAAUCAAUGUUUUCAAAUUGAAAUAUGAAAGACGAGCUCAUGUAAGGCUACCUCUUUUCCUAUUGGAAUCGCGCCUUGAAGAUGGUUUCAACAGAGGUGGCUUUAAAUUAUCAAAUAAUGUCUGAAUGAAUGUCAAGAGAAGUCUUUGCUACAAUACCUGAAUGAGAACAUGUUUAUCUACCUCAAGGAAUAUUGUCGGAGUCAAUCAAGAGACUAUCUAGUAACAGUGUGUAAGUAGAUCUAAGGAGGAAACUGUAAGUGUCUGUAUUCAGUGGUAAUUCUAGGUGUGGACAUAGCAUGGGGGUGGGGGUGGGAAUCACUAAAUCACAAGAAGUUGUUUAUCAAAUACAUUUAAAUUGAUAGUGAAAGUUAUGAGUCAAAGCCUUUAGCAUCUCAUUUGUAGGAGUGAAAUAUACAUGUUCUCUGAAAGUAGGGGCCACAGGGAGUUAUAACAUGGUUUAUUGUUGAUUUUGCACAUGGAAUUUAAUCUUUCUGUGAUAUGUAUAUAUGAACAGUUUUUUAUAUAUUAACUGCUGAGUGAGGUUUGUUGAAAUAUGUACAGUAUAUUUUGAGUAUUAUUCAAUGAAUACCACAAAAAUUGUCCUAAUAUGAUACCUGCUGGAAAUGUGUCAUAUCCUACAGAUUCUGUUAUGGUUGAUAAAGUCAUACAUGUACACAUUUCUGUUAAUCAUGUAUGGAUACAGAUUGUCCAGAAAUGUGUAUUGUCCUAUAUUUAAUGUUUGUAGGCAUUUUGUUCUUUAUUUUGCUAAACAUUCUCUAAGAAAUUGCAUGAGUUAAGGACUCACAAUUGCAAAAGAAACUUUGGUCUCUGGUAAAGGUAAACACUCUUUCCAUAACUUGUUUCUCUUUAUACUGGGAUAUGUGUGGCAAGUUGUAUUAUCCUGAUUACAACAGUUGAGUAGAUGAUGCCCCCUUUUGUCCACGGUGUGCCUCUCCCCAGGGAAUUAGGCGGUGGUUGCACUGGAUUAUAGAAAUAAGAUUUUCCUUAUGUUGGAUGGGGCUUCUGUUGACAAUCAUGUUGUGUACUAUGUGGCCCAGCCCUGAAAUACACAGCAGGUGUAGUACAACAGAUACAAGACAUUCCCUGUGCAAACUGUGAUGUGCUGACACCUGAAGUGUUUCUGUAUUAACUAAAUGAUUACAUGUUUUAUUGUUUUAUUCUCUGUUUACAAUAUGAUGGUUUUACUCAUGCUGAAGACAAGGGGUUUAGUGAGUGGAACAUUGCUUUUAAACCACAUUUACUCAACGUCAUAGGCUUUCAGACAAAGUGAUACCAUUGCUACUGCCUAACCACCAUGUGAUAUAAAUGUAACACUGUUGAAAGCGGUGUAAAGCCCAACUCACUCACUCACUUUAAAAGAAUGCACUAAAUCUAAAGCAUGGUUAAAGGGAGGGGAACUAAAAACAAGAAAACUUAUUAUGGCACCAUUUUUAUAACAGUCUUGACAAGUAGAUUAUGCUGAGGAUAAUAAUAUAGUCCAUUUAUAUUGCGUUAUUUUACCACACCGACAUGCUGUAAGCGCUACACUAUCAAGGCUUUCUGGAGGGGGUUACCGUUGAAUUAUAACGCCAUCUACAGUGCAAGUUAUUGGAACCUAAAGUGAGGGUUAUGAAAGGGGGGUGUAUGUUAAACAUGUACAUCUCAGUUUCUUUUAGCUGUUUCAGGUUACAUUGUUUUCAUAGUUUAUUGCAAUGUUUACAAUAGAAGGGACCACACAUGCUCUGCACAUUGGCUUCAGUCUGGAUCACAUUAUAGACAGGAUAGUUUCAAUUUAGGAUUGACUUUGAAGGCUUUUACAGGGGGUGUAUUAUAGAGGGUGCUAUACAGUAUCUCAAAACCUGCUAACAUGACAAAUUUGAUAAAUAAUGUUUGUACUACAAAUGGAAGGCAUACGGACAUUUUAACACAUCAGUAUAUACUAAGACUGUAAUGCAAGCUGUCUAAUUUAAUAUUGGAAGUUUGCUUUUUGAAAUCUACAACAUUGGUUGCUACAUCAGUUUGAAACUUUAAGCAUUUACAUUGAUUGUGUGCACAGCUUAAGCCAAUGGUGAUAUAUGCUUGUGGUUUGUUGCUGUGCCAACAGCUUCUAAAGCAUUGACUGGACCCUGCAGGUUAUGCCAUACAUUGCACUGUGUGUAAGAUAUAUAUUGACAAGGUUGUUGAAACUCAUUUGAAAAUGUGUCCUGCUUUGAGAUAACCAGUUUAUGUUGGGCCAUAACAGACCGUUACAUUUUGGUCCCUGCUCGCCUCACUACAAAACACCCAUCUCACAUAACUUUAUUAUACCCCAGGAAUCUACAAAGAAAAUUGCUAUGUGUGUUCCCUUUCCUUUGGUGAAAUGCGGACUUCUGUCUGGUACAGCUGCACGACGACCAUUCUAGUUCAUGGGUUACAGAUAAAACAGUGCCCAUACAGUAGAAUGAGAAAGAUUGUAUUUUACAGUGUUUGAACUUAAGCAUGGUAGUCAAAAGGUCCUUGUCAUAUCUGUAAUGUUGAACCUCAAGGGCCCCUUAGUUCCAGCUACAAGAGUCCUCAGAAGAUGACAAAUUCCCCUGGCCUCCACAAUAGCAAAUGGCACCACUUCAGAAACGAAAAUCUACCAUGGUUUCAGUUCUCCAGAAACAUAAUACGGACAGACAAACCAGAUGAUGACAAUAUUCCCUCAGCAUAAUAUGCCAGGGGGAUAAAAAUAAUUAAACAAGAAAAAGGGGCACUUCGUUUUCCUGACAAUCAUUGAUGCAUUGAAUUGACAGGUGAAAUGGUAAUAUAAUGUUACAUACAAUAUAUUGGCUUCAUUAGAAACCAUCAUCUAUUUUGACUGCACACGUUAACAAUAUAUUUGAAAUCUACCACAAAGACAUCAUACUUUUUUUGUAGGUCACUUAAGGUAACUUGUAUAAUCCUGCUGUCUGGUCACUUGUUAGCAAAGGUAUGUGAAUAUACAAUCUUUCACAAUGCAACUGUAUAUGCUGCAUUAAACAUGCCGCUCCAAAGACCCCAGAACAAGUAGAGCAAUCUAUAAGUCAUUUUAAUAAGUUCCCUAUAGCAAUAACAAUUACAUGACACUUCAUAUUUUCUUUUGUAUAUUACAGGGUUUUUUUUUCUAAAAAAACCCACUGCAUUGUAACCAUUAUUGCAAAAAUUUAGUUUCAUCAACAUUUGAACAAAACCUGCUCUACAUGUUCCAAUGUCUGACCACAAAUUAACUCGUGUAUGGUAAGCAGCCCCCUUUGUCUCAUUGCCCAGCAUGCUAAUUAUGGCAACAGUCAGUUAAUACCUUCCCCAAGGUCAGGACAAAAUGUGGUUUAAUUUCGGAUUUGCCAAGCAUAUUUGUCUAGGGUACAAACCACAUAAUCUUUUGAAAUAACAUGGCCAGAUGGGUGCAAGAGAUAUGCAUACACACAAGGCAUUUGUAGGUUCUGCUAUGAUAUAGCUGUAUUGUUUAGAGCAGAAAGGUCAUGAAGAUAUAUCAACAUGAUCUUCAGGUGAGACCAAUGUUGUGUUUUUCAAAGUAAAGGAUACUCAAAAUUUAGGAUAUUAUAUCUAAAACUGUUGUGGGUAAGGCCACCUGUUAAGAACAGACUUCCCUAUCUGGCAAACAUAUUUUGCCAAACACACUGGCCCGUGUCACACUGUAAUGUACAGCUCGUAAUCUUCCUGCAAAAGGUUAAGAACAGCAUACUAUAUAUUUCCAUAUAUAUAAAGCUGUUGUUUUAAAAUUGUAUGACAAAACAUAUAUUCUUGUGACAUACUCAUAUGAUUUUUGAAGGUUUGUAACUGCUCCAAGGCAAUAAUUAUUUGACUUUCCUUUCAACUGCUUCUUUGUAUCAUAUGACACAGUACUUGGCUUGCAGGAGGAAUGUAUCAAGUGUCCAGGAUGUAUUGCUGAUAUUGCAGACAUUUAUAUGAGAUCAAUCUCAAAUGUAGACAUUUCCAAAAGAUAGCUUUGGGAAAUGGGAUCCAGGAAUGAAGUAUUAAAAAAAAUGUCAGGUGUUCAGAAAGGGGUUACAUCGUGACACUGUGCCAUCAUACAAAACAUGCAUAGGGGUGAUGUUUGAAAAUGAAUAAAUUGUAAAGUAGUUUUUGCUGCAAUUGUGUACAAUACAUCUCCAGCCACCGUCAUGUUAUUUAACUUCAAUCUAUAACAUGUGUUUUGUGGGCUUUCUUAUCCUAACUCUCUGAUGCUGGAAUAUGUCUCUUAGCAUGACAAGUGCAGUUAUCAUGUGCCAACUAUUGUCUUGUCACAUUUCAUUGAGACAACCCCAUUUUUCAUGUUAGGGAAGGGUGUAAUUCGGACAGUGUUCAUACUUAUUCCUGUAGUGAUAUUUGCCGUGUGGAGGUUGUCAACUCACCUGCAUGCAGCAUACUCUGACAUGUGAAACAUUCCAUUGUAACAUACAACACAAACAACUGUUUAUGUUUACAUGACUUCAAUUCAGUAAAUAUGUUUGACACAG